CGAGUGUUGUCAGUCCGAGGUUCAGCCGGCCGCACUUCCGCCUCGGUGUCAGUGGGUCGCUGGCCUUCGAGGCGGGGGCGGGGCGGGCAGCGAGCCUUGGCGGCGCGGGAAGGACCUGGUCCAGAUCUCCAGUGCUGAUUGGAUUUGCACCCACAGCUCACAGUUAAGGUUAUUUGCACUAUCAAUGUAGCUCCAGGCGAUGAUUCAGUAGAGAGCCCACCAGACAGACUGGGAGCUGGCUGCUGGAGGAUGGACUGCGAGGAGGAAUUCUUUGAUGCUGUCACAGGCUUUGAUUCUGAUAACUCUUCUGGGGAAUUUUCAGAGGCAAAUCCAAGAGUCCCAGGGGUGAUUCUUGUGGACACCAGCAAAAGUAAUGGGAUUGGAAAAGUUGGGGAGAGGCCCCCUCAAGAGAAUGGAAUUCAGAAGCACAGGACAUCACUACCUGCCCCCAUGUUCACCAGAAGUGACUUUAGUGUGUGGAGUAUAUUAAAGAAGUGCAUUGGUUUGGAACUAUCCAAGAUUACCAUGCCAAUCGCUUUCAAUGAGCCCUUGAGUUUCCUGCAACGGAUCACGGAGUAUAUGGAGCAUGUGUACCUCCUCCACAAAGCCUCCUGCCAGCAGAAGCCCCUGGAACGGAUGCAGUUAGUGGCUGCCUUUGCUGUCUCUGCUGUGGCCUCGCAGUGGGAGAGGACUGGUAAGCCUUUCAACCCACUCCUGGGAGAGACGUACGAACUCAUCAGAGAAGAUUUAGGGUUCAGGUUUAUAUCUGAGCAGGUCAGCCACCACCCGCCUGUCAGCGCCUUUCACUCUGAAGGACUCAAGGAGGACUUCCUGUUUCAUGGCUCCAUCUACCCAAAGCUCAAGUUCUGGGGCAAGAGUGUGGAGGCUGAGCCUCGGGGCACCAUCACCCUAGAGCUGCUCAGACACAAGGAAGCCUACACCUGGACCAAUCCCACCUGCUGUGUGCACAAUGUGAUUAUCGGGAAGCUCUGGAUAGAGCAGUACGGAACAGUGGAGAUUGUAAACCACAGAACUGGAGACAAGUGUGUGCUUCACUUUAAACCAUGUGGUUUGUUUGGGAAGGAACUGCAUAAAGUGGAAGGUCACAUUCAGGACAAAAACAAAAAGAAGCUCUUUAUCAUCUACGGCAAAUGGACAGAGUGUUUGUGGGGCAUUGAUCCUGUUUCCUAUGAGUCCUUCAGGAAGCAGGAGAGGAGAGGUGACCACUUGAAGAAGCCAAAGCCGGAUGAAGACUCCCUGAAGGCUGACAGUGAUGUGGUGGAUGAAGUACCUGAGACCCAGGAGACUGUACAGGUCAUUCCAGGCAGCAAGCUACUUUGGAGGGUGAAUACACGGCCCCCCAACUCUGCCCAGAUGUAUAAUUUCACCAGUUUCACUGUUAGUCUCAAUGAACUGGAGACAGGCAUGGAGAAGAUUCUGGCUCCCACAGAUUGCCGCCUGCGCCCUGACAUCCGAGGCAUGGAGAAUGGCAACAUGGAUCUGGCGAGCCAGGAGAAGGAGCGGCUGGAGGAGAAGCAGAGGGAAGCCCGGAAGGAGCGCGCCAAAGAGGACACCGAGUGGAAGACAAGGUGGUUUCACCAAGGCCGGAACCCUUACACCGGCACCCCUGACUGGUUGUACACAGGGGGUUACUUUGAGCGGAACUUCUCAGGCUGCCCCGACAUCUACUGAGGGACUGGAGUGACCCUGGGUCUGGAGAGCCGAGAGGCUGGCCAUCAGGUGGCUGCUCUGAGAUUCACUCUUGGCAGAAAACCAGCUCUACUGACUGGUUUUGUAGAGAUGGCACCAUCCCUGGUGGAGGAUUGAAUUCUAAUGAACUUUUGAUUGCCAAACAUUUUACUACUGUUGCAGUCUCUUCAUAAAGCUUCACUUGGGA